AUGUCGGAUCGACCAAUCAGCAGUUCCGCCAGCGCUGUGAGUGACGACAGCCAGCCGCCGAUGGAGGUGGGAUAUCCUCUGAAUGAGGAGGUCGAAGUGCCCGGGACGGAUGGCGGCCUGCACAAGACAGUACUGGUGGAGGGUGCGGGCUCGCAACCCGUGAAGGGGGCCAAGGUAGUGGUCCACUACGUCGGCAAGCUGCUGGACGGCACACAGUUUGACAGCAGCCGUGACAGGGGGGACUGCUUUGAGUUCACCCUCGGCCGUGGCCAGGUCAUCGAGGGCUGGGAUAAGGGUGUGUCGACGAUGCGGAUUGGCGAGAAAGCGCUGUUGAGGUGUUCGCCGGAGUACGCUUACGGCGCUGCUGGCAGCCCCCCAACCAUUCCUGCCAACGCCACGCUUCUCUUUGAAGUGGAGCUGUUCCAUUGGACGCGCGAGGUCGACAUCUCCGCUGCCAAGGACAAGUCCCUGAUGAUGAGCAUCUUGAAAGAUGGCGUCGACUACGAGAACCCAGACUUUGAGUCGUCUGUGACGAUGGACCUUCUCAUCUACGUAGGCGAGUUCGAUCCGGAGAACAAGGACAAGUACACACCGGUGAAGACGAUGUCCGACUGGAAGACCGUCAUCGGCGUCACGUCGCUGCCUCCGCACCUAGAGGCGUUUCUGUACAAGAUGCGCAAAAGGGAAUCGGCGGCGUGCCGAGUCCGCAGCGACCUGAUCUGCGACGGCGUGCCGGAGUUCGCCAUCCCGUCCAGCGCCGAGCGAGGCCACUGCGAUGUCACAUACGUGGUCGAGAUCAGCGAGCUGAGCCGUGUCACGACGUAUGAUUUCACUGGAGCAGCCAAGGUUGCUGAGGGGGAGAAGCGGAAGAACAGCGGAAACGACGCGUUUAAGGCUGGCAAGCUGGACCUGGCGGAGCGCUUCUACCGUCGCGCGAUGGAGUUUAUCGGGCAAGACUACGGCUUCGAUGACACUGUUAAGCCGGAAUGCCAUCGCGUGCGCAUCGGCGUGAUGGGGAACCUCGCGCAGGUGCUGCUGAUGCGCAACCAGUACGCUGAGUCCGCUGACUUUUCGCGGAAGGUGCUGAGCCUCGACUCCAACAACACUAAGGCGCUCUUUCGCCUGGCGAAGGCGCUGGACGGACAGCAGGACUGGGACGAGGCUUUGAAGUGUGUUGCUGAUAUACUCGCAAUCGACCCUGGGAACGCAGACGCGGCCAGCUUGAAGAUGCGCCUUACGCAGGAGCAGAGGGCCUUCGACAAAAAGCAGAAGUCCAUGUUCAAGAAGAUGUUCGCCUAG